AUGGAGCCACAACAGCCCACGGGACCAUCGUGUGCCACUCUUGUCGGGGAGUGCACGGCCAAAUCGGCCAAGCUCAAGAUCGACAUCGAGGAGUGGGUAACCAAGACCGACCAGCUCCAGAUCACCAUCCAGCGCCUUCAACAGGCCCUGGCCAUCAGCGAGAACCAGGCGAGGAAGGCCAGAGCCGAGAAAGAGGCCCUCGAGAUCGAAUCCGCCAAGCAGAUUGGAACUCUGCAGGGCAUCAUCCACGGCCUUCAAGCCUACGAAGCCCUGCUCGAGGCCCAGGUCGAGAAGGGGGAAAGCGACCUCAAGGCCGUGGAGGAACAGCUCGAGAACCUCAUCUUCACCAUCAAGUCCGCCACCAUCCUCGUCGCGCUCAUCGCGGCGGUCCUCGCCAACAUCUACUUCAUCCUCUCUCCCCUUCAAUCCUUGGCCAAGACACCGGAGCUCAAGCCCUCAACCAAGAUGCCCGAGCCCCAGCCGGAGCGGGAGCCACAACCUGAGCUCAACCCUGAACCCACGAUCAAGAGGCCCGAGGUGGAGCCCACGAUCAGGAUGCCCGAGCCGGAGCCCGAGCCCCAGACCGAGAUGCCCGAGCCCACGACCGAGCUGGAGCCUGAGCCGGAGCAGGAGCCGGAGCUAGAGACAGAGCCAGAGACGGAGAGGCUCUUCAUGGCUGGCGAGGAGAGCUUCUCGUCCUUCGACGAGUUCUUCAAGACCUUCGCAACACCACCAACAUUCGCGGCCGACGAGAGCACUGGGCCGGAGGAGGAGAGCUUCUUCGAGCGCCAGGAGUCUUUCGACGAGGAGCCAGAGGAGAGCUUCUUCUUCGAGGACUACACUCCCGAGAGCUUCUUCUCGAAGCACUUCAGCGGGACCCCGCAGGACCUCAGGCCUGCGGGGAUCAACGACCAAGUGUGGGAGGCCUGGAUGCGCGACAUGCUCGAGCUUCGUGGCCAACUUGAAGCCGAGGACCACGAAGCCAAUGCCGCCGAAUCCCGAUUCUGGCAGACCGUCGACGCGAUGAUGACAAGCAUGAAGAGCACCUUCGGCGACCUUCUCGCCCUCUUCGUCUCCUUCAGCGGCAAGGUGGAGAGCGGUGGUCCUGCCAAGACGACGCUGAUGAAAGUGAACACCGGUUUCCGCCAGCUGCUCAAGACCGUACAUCCCGACAAGCUGAGCGGGUGCGACAGCCGGGGAGCUGUCAACGAGGCCGCCAAGAAGCCCAUUAAGGCUGGCGAGGACCGACUUGCGUGCGCGCGGGUGAGCGGCGGAGGAGGAGCGGUGCUAACUGCUAAGUGA